UUAAAAAAAAAACAUUGAUCCUUUCUCUCCACAGAAGGCAGAGGGGAGCAAGAAAUGGAGGAUAGGUCAUGUCAGGUGUUGUUUCCAUCUUCAUCGGUUGAUCAUCGCUUGUCUGGUGAUCAAACUCAGAUCAACACGUCCUCCUCGUUACAGCAGCAUAACACUAACAAAGAAGAGAAACACAAGAGUAAGAAGAAAGAGAGAGAAGCCAGGUUUGCUUUCCAGACAAGAAGUCAGGUUGAUAUUCUCGAUGACGGAUACAGGUGGAGGAAGUACGGCCAAAAAGCUGUCAAGAACAAUCCAUUCCCCAGGAGCUAUUAUAAGUGCACAGAAAAAGGAUGCAGAGUGAAGAAGCAAGUGCAGAGGCUAUCAGGAGAUGAAGGAGUGGUGGUUACCACUUACCAAGGAGUUCAUACCCACCCCGUUGAUACACCCUCCGAUAACUUCCACCACAUCUUGACCCAGAUGCACAUCUUCCCUCCCUUUUAGUUAUCAUUUUUCUUAUGUAUACCGAUGUAUCUUGGGUGGGUUUAGAUGAAUGAAACUGGCGCAAAAGAAUGCUGCUGGUGCAAGCUUUCAGACCAAAGCCCUUUUUACUUUAUUAAACUGAGCAAUGCGUGAAUUGUACACACACCCGUCCUUGUCUUUGGGUUUCCCUGGAACCUAUCUCAUUUGGUGUCUUGGUGGA